AAAUUGAAUAUCAACAAACACAAAUAGAGAAAGAACAUCUAGCUACUAAAUAUGGGUUAAUAACUUCUCCUAGACCUUUUAGUAUCCUCAAAUGGGAUCAACACAUACAGUCUUCACAAGACAUAUAUCAUUUUAUGAGUGAAAAGGCUCAGACUUUGCUGAAUGCUACAUUUAAUAUACUUAAUAAUGGUG